GAACUUGUGGGGGUUUACUUGGAAAAGGGGUAGGGAGAAAUUGCAGAAUCUAGGGGAGACGCCUCCAUUACCAGUUCUUUUCUACGGGCGUUGUAUUUACGUAACCCUACCAUUUGCCGAUCUUCCAGUUAGGGUUUUUCGCUUUAAGCGAAGAACGGUGUAAAUAGUAUCCUUAUCCCUCCGAUGCACCAAGGGAAUUGAAAAUAGAGUAAAAGAAAAAAAAAACAAAAAAAAAAGAGGUGAAAAAUUUGUCUGUUUUAAAUAGGUAAUUCUGUUGUUGUGCAUGUUUGUGCACUCAGGAGAAGAGCUGUGCCGGGGAAAAGCAUGUACAGUAUGAUCACUAAAUGCAGUGCUGGGGAUUGCCAAAUAUUCUUGAUGUCUCGGUCUUCACCAUUGGCACCACAGUUUCUUUGAAACUGCUCAAGGUCUAGGUUUCUAUUUAACUGCCGCACCUGAGCUUUUAUAUUUAAGCGUGUUUAUAGAUAUUGGGUUAGUAGAUAGAAAUGGAAGCAAAAAUCGCAAAGGCAUCGGAUAGGGUUAAUCUGAAGGAUAGGGUUAAUCUGAAGCGCAAGCGAGCGACCAGAUAUGCUGCACAUUUUAGUGGAGCUUCACAACCAAUUUUAGGCCAUUGGCCAUCGUAUGUGUCACCAACGAGCAGGGUUGCCAAACGGAUGCGAUUUGGUGGAUGUAGAAACAAGCUGACAAAUGCUGGUCCUCAUAUUGACCAGUCCUUAGUUAGGCGUUUUUCAAAUUAUAAAAAGAGUGGGAGACUGGAGCGUUUGAUGUUCUAUAGGAAUGGUGAAUGGUGUGACCUUCCUAAGGAUGUUGUUGACUUGGUUAAGAAGGAUCUUGAAGUCAAGAAGGUAGCUGUGGAGAUAGAGUUAAAUGGGUAUCAUCUUGUAUUUGAUUUUUUACAUCUGCGCAAGGUGGACCUAAAAACUGGCUUGCAACAACCUAUAGCUUGGAUUGAUGAUGCAGGUCACUGCUUUUUCCCAGAAAUCUAUACUUACUCUGACGAAGAACCUUACAAUACCAGCAAACAGGAAAGUGGAAAAAGUCCCGACUCUUAUGCGUCUAAUGAAAUAAAACUACAUUUAGAAGUUGAAAUCAAUGGAGUGGAUCAAUCCAGACUGAGUGAGUGUAGUGGGGAGUCCAAUGCUCUAGUUAAGGGUAUUCAAAUUGAUACUAAACAAAACUACUGUCAAUAUGAUGUAGAAGUUGAAGAUAGCAUUAACAAACAGGACUGCAGAAAUGUUGGUGAAGCUAUUCAGCACAAUCAAGACAUAGGUUUAGAUGCUUAUACUGAAUCAAUAUAUGGAAAAUUGGAUUUGAAUUCUGUACAAAAGAUGUUUCUCAAGGGAAUGAGUAGUUUUGGCAGUUCUGAUUCAGACAUAGUUGAGAUUUACCACUGCUCAGGUGCGUCAAUGCAAGCUCGAUGGGAGCUUUUCCAGAAGCAAGCUGAAAUUACAAAAAAAAUUCAUGGGGAAGCAAACAUUCGGUAUGCUUGGCUUGCUUUUUCUAAAAGAGAACUGUCUACAAUGAUGGAGUAUGGACUUGGUCAUUGUGGACUAUCUGGACCAAAGUGCACAUAUGGCAUUGGUGUUCAUCUUGCUGCUGCUUCUUGCCCUGAUGCCAGUGUACGUUAUUGUGAUGUUGACGAAAAUGGGGUUCGACACUUGGCCCUCUGUCGUGUAAUAAUGGGGAACAUGGAGAUUCUCUGUCCAGGCAGUGGUCAGUUUCAACCCAGUAGUUGUGAAUAUGAUAGUGGGGUGGAUGAUAUUCAGUGUCCGCGAUACUAUGUUGUGUGGAAUAUGAACAUGAACACCCACAUCUAUCCCGAAUUUGUUGUUAGCUUCAAGGUCCCUUCUGAUGCUGAAGGUCAUUUUUGUGGACAUGAGGUUAAUACAGCCUCUCGCGGUCCUCAUGGCCUCUCGGAGUCAUCUGCUAUAGAUAAUGGAAAAGCUCAUAGUGUGGUUGCUAGUACUCCAAAAGUCCCGAAAUCCCCUUGGAUGCCUCUACCUGCGCUUUUUGCUGCCAUAAAAAAUCAGGUUCCAUCCAAGAACAUGAAUCUUAUCAAAACACAUUAUGAACAGUUCAAGUCGAAGCAGAUAUCCCGGGAUGAUUUUGUGAAGAUGCUGAGGUUAAUAGUUGGAGAUGCUCUGUUGAGAGAUACAAUAAAUGAUCUUCAAUACAAGAUACCUUCCAAUGGGGGAUUGGAUGACUCAAUCAAGAAGGAAGGCUAAGGCUUUUUUCCUAAUGGAAGGUGAAGGUGGAGAUCUUUGGCCUUGGAAUUGAAUAUUGUAAACUUCUGGAUAAAUGAAAAAAAUGGAGUUGUGAUAUUUUUUCUCUAGGCAAACUUUCCUUUUCAUUUCCAUGUCAUCCUCAUUUGGACCUGCUACCCAUGUGCAACUGGAACUAAGUUAGAGUUUAUUUUAAUUUGUCUGUUGAUUAUAUGCCCUGUCAAUUUUCCACCUUCUGUUAGGUUUUUAUAAUUGCAAUAAAUAAUGAAAAUUGGAUAUUCUCUA